UUCCCUCUCACUGCCUCGGCCUCGCACUGUCUCAAGCAGUGCCACCUUGCUAAGCUACAUUUGGCUAGUCUUCCGAUACCCUAGUUGAGACGCACCGGCUCCCAACAUUACGGUGCUACACUGAGUGAAUUCGCUCCCUCUACAUUUUAGACGAGAGAAACAUCCAGCCAUAAGGAUUGACACGUUAACCCUAAAUUACUAAAUCACUGAAGAUUAAGAUGAUUAAGCUCUUCUCCUUAAAACAGCAGAAGAAAGACGAGGAAUCUGCUGGAGGAAAUAGAACAGGAGCCGGGGGUAAAAAAGCAAGCGCGGCCCAGCUUCGAAUACAGAAAGACAUCAACGAGCUGAACCUACCAAAGACAUGUGAGAUUGUCUUCCCUGACCAGGAUGAUCUGCUGAACUUUAAACUCAUCAUCUCACCAGAUGAGGGAUUUUACAAAGGGGGGAAGUUUGUUUUCAGCUUUAAGGUAGGACAGGGCUACCCACAUGAUCCCCCAAAGGUCAAAUGUGAAACCAUGGUGUAUCAUCCCAACAUUGACCUGGAAGGAAAUGUCUGUCUAAAUAUUUUGAGAGAGGACUGGAAGCCGGUGUUGACAAUAAACUCCAUUAUAUACGGACUACAGUAUCUGUUUCUAGAGCCAAACCCUGAAGAUCCCCUUAACAAAGAGGCUGCUGAGGUCCUGCAGACAAACCGACGGCUCUUCGAGCAGAACGUCCAGAGAUCGCUGAGGGGCGGCUACGUGGGCGCCACCUACUUCGAGCGGUGUCUGAAAUAGUCUCACCCCUGCCCUGUUUCCCCCCCACGCCAGCCGGCCGCUUUCAUCCCGAGAUGCAUUUACCGUUUACACGAGCUGAGACACUGACUGACACGCAGACUGGAGAGAUUUUGGGGCGGGAUGGGGUGGGGGAGGGUGAGGGUGAGGGUGAGGGAAGGAGGAUGGGGGAUUGGAGGAUGCUGAUUGUCGGAUGGUGAUUGUGGUAUGGUGGUUAUGGUAGAUGCUGUCAGUGGGCAAGGAGUGUGAGAGGUUUUUUGGAGGAUAAGGGUGUGAUUUGUUUUUUGAGAAGCAAGUCUGAACAGUCAGUGAUUGUCGUCGCUUGGAGAAUCCAGAAGCGGUAUAUGCCACUACGUUGGUGCCCAGUCUUUUUUUUAUUAUUAUUUUUUCCUUCCAUUUUUUAAAGCAAGAUUUGACACAACAUUGAUCUUAAAAAGACAUAGACAUAGUCAGACCCCCCCCCCCCCUCCCCUCCAAAAAAAAAAAGGCCACACAGACUAAAUUGCUUAUAUUGUUUACCAUGAAACCUUGUGAAGCAUCUCUGGACACCAGGAUCAUGGGAGUUCCAAUGAGAUGGAAUCCUACUGAUAUUGUACACAGACACACACUCACACAUUCAUGUACACACUGGUUCCCCUCUCUUGAGAUGCUUUUUUACAAAGCAGUAGAAGAUGUACACCACCACCACCACAACUAGAGUGAAGAGGGGGCUACUUCUAGAUGCGUGCAGAACCAUGCCGAUGACAAAACCAACACACCAGUUGAUUUCAUCAGACAAACACUCACUUACCAACUGACUCGAAGCUAGUGGAAAGGAUAAGAGAGGGCUGUGGUGGGAUUGGGAGACCUUUUUUUGUUUUGUUUUGUUUUCCUUUUUGGGGUGGGGGGAGGGGAGGGCUGGGUGGGGUUGAUAUGGGAAACCCAUUGGAUUUCCACUGAUAUGAGUGGGCUUAAGGGUGGGGGGAGGGGCUUAAAAUGUUACAAUUCUAUUGUGUAUAUUGAAAUCCCAGCUGUUCACAAUGACUGCAAUAUGAAUUAUGUUAAAUAAAAUAUGGACUUGAA